UCUGCUGCAGUAAGAGGAGAGGGAUGAAGAGCGGACAAACACAGGACGUUCACAGGAGAAGUGAAAACAGCAAGGACUAAUAACUGAAUAUUACUGAUCAUAUCAUCAAUUAUAGGCUUUCUAGGGAAGGGGAAGAAGCCCAGGUUACCCCCACGGCUCAGGGAGUGACGUCACAUCUCACUCAACCUAAUGGCUUCCAAGGAGAACCAGAUGACCGCCACGCUCCUGACCUCCAUCCUGGCAGCUGUGUUCGGCUCCCUCCAGAUCGGCUACCACACAGGCAAUGUCAACGCCCCAGCCAGGAGGGAUGUUACGUUAGCUAGCUAUGUUAGCUAUGAAUCAGGAGAGGCUCUAGCCACUGUGGCCAACACAACACUGGAACUCAGGAUCAUCGAGGAGUUCUUCAACCACACCUGGUGGUCCAGACAUAACCAGUCGAUGCCAGAUCACAGCCUGACCUUCCUGUGGUCCCUCUCCGUCAGCAUCAAGGACUUUGGAGCCCUGCUGGGGUCACUAGGGGUCAAGUGUCUGGCUGACACCUUCGGCAGGCGUAACUCCAUCCUGAUAGUGAAUGCCCUUUCGGUGGUGGGAGCCUGUCUGAUGUUUGCUUCUAAGGCCAACGAGUCAUUUGAGAUGCUGAUCGUUGGCCGGCUGGUGUUCGGUCUGUUCUGUGGCCUUGUGAUGAGUCUCAACCCUCUCUACAUCCAGGAAGUCUCCCCCACCAACCUCAGAGGGGCCUUCGCUACCCUCAACCAGGUCUCCUUCGCUACGGGCAUACUCCUGGGCAUGGUAGCUGGUCUUGAAACAGUGCUGGGGACAAAAGAGCUGUGGGCUAUGAUGUUAUCCUUGUCUCUGAUACCUGCCCUGCUACAGUACCUGGCCCUCCCUUUCUGCCCUGAGAGCCCCAGAUACCUGCUCAUCAACCGGGGCCAGGAGAGCCAGGCAGAGACUGCCCUGUGGCGUCUGAGAGGCCCGUCAGACGAGGUGUUCACGGAGCUGGAGGAGAUGAAGCAGGAGGCGGCUCACACCCAAUCAGCCCUCACCGUCAAGGAGUUCUUCACGAAACGCUCCUACCGACAGCCAAUCAUCAUCGUCCUCAUCGUUAACCUGGGCUCCCAGCUCUCAGGCUUCAACGCGAUCAUCAAUUAUUCCACCAAGAUGUUUGACAAGGCUAACUUUGACGAAGCCAAGUAUCUGACGCUGGGGGUGGGGGCCGUGAACGUGACCUUCACUCUGGUGGCGUUCUUCCUGAUGGAGAGGGCGGGGCGUAGGAAACUGCUGCUGACUGGCUUCCUGUGUCUAGCUGUGUGCAACCUCUCCAUGACCGUCAUAGACUCAGUCCUGGCCCUUGUCCCAGAGCUGCGUAGCCUGCAGGUGUUGGUCGUGUUCUUCCUGAUCUCAGCCUAUGAGGUGGGACCUGGUCCUAUUUCCUGGUUCAUCGCUGCAGAGCUGUUUGACCAGCCGGCCAGACCAAUCGCCAUGGCCUUCACCAGCAUGCUCAACUGGGGAGGGAAGUUCAUGCUGGCCCUGCUCUUCCCUCCACUACUGAAACUGUGUGGUGCUUACGUGUACCUCCUCUUCAUGACCAUGGCUCUGACAGCCUUCAGCUUCACUUGGAGACGCUUACCUGAGACCAAGGGACGCACCUUCGAUGACAUCGCAGCCGAGUUCCGCGGGUCUGAGGGCAUCCCCCUGCACAAUAAGACUGGUUUCAACACCUUCCCCUGACCCCCCCU